UGAAUCAGAGCCACAAUGCCUGCGUCAACUAUGCAAACCGCAACGCGACAAAGCCUUCUCCGACGUCCAAGUUCAUCCAGGGCUACUUGGGAGCUGUCAUAAGUGCUGUCUCAAUAGCAGUGGGCCUUAAUGUUCUGGUUCAGAGAGCAAACAAGUUUACCCCCGCCACUCGUCUCUUGAUCCAGAGGUUUGUGCCAUUCCCUGCUGUCGCUAGUGCCAAUAUCUGCAAUGUUGUCCUGAUGAGGCACACGGAGCUGGAAGAAGGAAUUGAUGUUUUGGACAAUAACGGAAACAUUGUCGGGUCUUCCAGAAUUGCUGCAAAACACGCACUGCUAGAAACAGCCCUGACUAGAGUGGUCCUGCCAAUGCCUAUACUGGUUCUACCUCCAAUUAUUAUGUCCAUACUGGAAAAAACAUCACUUCUGAGGUCCCGUCCCCGGAUGAUUCUCCCAGUCCAAAGCCUUGUGUGCCUCGCUGCCUUUGGCCUGGCCCUCCCUUUGGCCAUCAGUCUCUUCCCGCAGAUGUCCGAGAUUGAGACAUCUCGGCUGGAGCCAGAAAUCGCAAUGGCCACUACCAGUAAGACUGUAGUCUACAAUAAAGGAUUGUAAGUGGAAGCAGACCACCUCAGCCCAGAAGAUUUGGGG